AAAAUCUUAAACAAAUCAGCUUAUGCUGUACGCCACUAAUUGCCACAUAUCCAGUGAAGAAUCACAAGUGAUACGUUGGGUCGACUCUCACGGGUAAAAACCCGUACCCGUGGACUCUACACUUUCCCAAAAGCUUCAUCCAUCUCUCACAUGGCGCAUUUAUGCUUUCAGGUUCUGUCCACUUCCUUCUUCACUCCCAAACCUCAGAUUCCAGUGCUGUUGAGUCCCGGCGCUGCUUGCAUCAAAAGCAUUCAUCAAUAUAGGUAUUUGUAUCUCAAGGCAAUGCAAGACGAUAAGUUUUCCACGCCCCCGUGCGAUGAGUCCAAAGUUAGAGUUCCGCAUGUUCUGACGGUUGCGGGGUCCGAUUCCGGCGGCGGCGCGGGAAUUCAAGCGGAUAUCAAGGCUUGUGCUGCUCGGGGAGUGUAUUGCUCCACUGUGAUCACUGCUGUUACUGCUCAAAACACCGUAGGGGUUCAGGGUGUGAACAUUGUGCCGGAGGAUUUUGUAGCAGAGCAGUUGAGGUCGGUCCUUUCCGAUAUGCCGCCCAAUGUUGUGAAAACAGGCAUGCUUCCGUCAACUGGCAUAGUGAAAACCCUCUGUCAAAGUCUGAAGGAAUUCCCCGUACAAGCCUUGGUGGUUGACCCUGUUAUGGUAUCCACAAGUGGACAUACAUUAGCUGGUCCCUCUAUUUUGGAUAGCUUUAGGGAGGAGCUUCUUCCCAUGGCUGAUAUAGUGACCCCAAAUUUGAAAGAGGCUUCUGCUUUACUAGGCGGUGUGCCAUUGGAAACAAUUGCCGACAUGCGUUCUGCUGCAAAAGCAAUACAUGACAUUGGUCCAAGAAAUGUACUCGUGAAAGGAGGUGAUCUCCCUGCUUCUCUUGAUGCUGUGGAUGUGUUUUAUGAUGGGAAUGAUUUCUAUGAGUUUCGGUCCUCACGCAUAAUGACACCAAAUACGCAUGGAACUGGCUGCACUUUGGCUUCUACUGUUGCAGCUGAACUAGCAAAGGGUUCUCAAAUGCUUUCUGCUGUUAAGGUAGCUAAACGCUAUGUUGAAGCAGUUUUGUCUUAUAGUAAGAACAUUGCCAUUGGAGGCGGGUGUCAAGGUCCUAUGGAUCAUCUGUUGAAGCUUAAAAGUAACGUUGAGCGACGACCUUUUGAUCCUUGUGAUCUCUUUCUCUAUGCUGUUACUGACUCAAGGAUGAACAAAAAGUGGGGUCGUUCAAUAGUUGAUGCGGUAAAGGCUGCCAUAGAAGGAGGUGCCUCCAUUAUUCAGCUGAGGGAAAAGGAGGUUGACACUGGUGAUUUUCUGGAAGCAGCAAAAGCUUGUUUAAAAAUCUGCCGAGUUCAUGGUGUUCCUCUGCUGAUUAAUGACAGGAUUGAUGUAGCUCUUGCUAGUGAUGCUGAUGGUGUUCAUAUUGGGCAGUCUGACAUGCCUGCUCAUGUUGCACGGGCUCUUCUUGGGCCUGACAAAAUCAUUGGUGUAUCAUGCAAAACACCGGAGCACGCUCAGCAAGCAUGGGUAGAUGGGGCUGAUUACAUCGGCUCUGGUGGUGUAUAUCCAACCAAUACCAAAGAGAACAAUAAGACAAUUGGUUUGGAUGGCCUAAAAACUGUUUGUGUGUCUUCCAAAUUACCAGUUGUAGCCAUUGGCGGCAUAGGCAUGUCUAAUGCUCAGGCUGUAAUGCGACUAGGGGUCCCAAACCUGAAAGGCGUUGCUGUUGUAUCUGCUUUGUUUGAUAGGGAAUGUGUUACGACUGAGACCAGAAAGUUACUGGAGGUGCUCAAGGAGUCUACCAAAAUAGCAAAUUGAAGAAAUGCUGGAGAUCACCAUACAUUCUCUUACAGGCAAUGCAACCUCGAUUUUUGUUACUAAAAUAUUUCUUGAUCAAAUUUUUGGAAGUGAACUUUGCGUCUAGAGAAGUUAAUCCAGGCACUAGAAUCUUGGUAUCCUUUUGUCAAUGCUGUGCUAGAGAGAUUUAUGAUGUUUCAUUGAUCUUCUACAGUAGGAGGUUGAAAAUACUGCAAAUUCUUGAAGUUUACUGUACGUAUUCAUUGCCAAGGUUGAUGUUUUACUUUGCUUUUCAAGAUAUUUUUGAAGUCA